CUGUGGUUCAGGAAUAACGUAAACAACGUUUUAUUUUGAAAAAACGUUUUGAUUCACACAAACCGGAACUAGACUAGUUUGAUCGCGGAAAAAGAGAAGGGCAAAAACAAUGGCGGCGUAGAAAAGAUUCAAGUGUGCAUACAGAGGUAAAAGUGCUCUAUGUAAGCGGAUUUAAACCGAUAUGACGUUGAAACCGAAGUGGUUUUACCUUCAGUUAGUGUCAAUGUGGUCUAACUCUUUUUCACACACCUUUUGUAGAUUAUAUUUUAAAUGUUUGUCUGUUUACAUUUACACAUAGUGCCUGAGUCCACUAUAGAUCUUCCAAGCUAUAGUUUUGUUCCUGAGUGGAGGGAAGUGAGAAUGACAGAGAUUAUUAUUCCACUAUUUCCACUAAUUUGUGCUUUUCUUUCCAUUCACCAUGGUUGGGUACAUUUCACAAGCUACUCUGAGCUAUAUUACUAUUACAAUGCAGUGGUAUUGGUAACCACAGUGUUAUUAUAUCACAAUAGUUUGAUAUUAUUAUAUUCCAUAUACCCUUUUAUUAAACAUGAAAAUAAUCCAUAUUUUUUUAGUUGUUGGAAAUUAUUGUGGUUCAGUUGAAACCAGGUUUCUUGUCAGACUCUAGUUCCAGUCCUUAAUGAAGGGUGCCAGGCCGGUGGUGGAGGUGGUCCGCCUUGGCGUGGUCUCCUACCAGGAGGCUCUACGACUGCAGCAGCUCUAUGUGGACAGGCACCGGUCCAGUCCAGCUAAUGCUCUGCUGCUGUGUCAGCAUCUGCCAGUCUACACCACAGGGAUCCGCCAUAAACCCUACCCUGCUGCCCUGCUGGACCGACUCCGGCUGCUGGGCGCUGAUGUCCACCGGACCAAUAGAGGGGGUCUCAUUACCUUCCACGGGCCAGGACAGCUGGUCUGCUACCCAGUCCUGAACCUGGGUAACUUCACAAAGAGUGUGCGUUGGUAUGUCUGUGAGCUGGAGAAAACCAUCAUCUCAGUCUGCAGACGGUUUGGCAUUGAGGCAUCGACAUCACCUCACACUGGAGUUUGGGUUGGAGACCAGAAAAUCUGUGCCAUUGGAAUCCACUGUGGUCGCUACAUUACAUCUCAUGGGUUGGCUUUGAACUGUAACACUGACAUGUCAUGGUUCGGUCACAUCGUUCCAUGCGGCAUUGAAGGGAAAGGUGUGACGUCACUGACCGUCAAGCUGCAGAGAGAUGUCAGUGUGGAGGACACUAUCCCUCACCUGCUGGAUGCCUUCAGACAACAUUUCAACUGUGAGCUGACAGAGGAACACACAGCUGAGUGAAGAGGACAGAGGAUUCAGGAGCAUCAUCUGACCCAAUGGGACUCUGUUCCUUGAUCAAGCCUGAAUCUUAAAGGGAUAGUUUGGGAUAGUUAAGUGUGGUUGUAUGAAGUACAUGCUCCGCAGGUGGAAGAAGUCAGCAUCUAGUGGUCCGCCACAGCAUAAAACACACAGAGAAUGUCUGCCACUGGGGACACCAGGAAAAAGAGAUUUUAGCCACUUCACAAAAGGCUCACCUAAUAAAAUCUAUAUUAGCUAAAGUCAACGAUAUCUUAAGUAUAUGUUCACUCCUUUAGCUCAGGCAGCCUUUUCUAUCAGGGAACUGCAGUUUGUCUGCAGCAGACACAAAUCACAUGCAGAAGGAGAAAUGAGCUGCAUAUUCACAAACGAUGCAGAUUCAAAGAACAAAAGAAAACAACAAACAACUCCUGUAACCCCACGGUUUUUAUGAUCAGUGUUUUAAAUCAACAGUAGAUUGCUCUGGACUAGUGAUAUUUUGUCCAUGUGGUAAAGCUGUCAUGUGACCGUGCAAGACCAAUAAUUUGGCAGCUUUUUGUAAACGCAAUCAAAUCUCGGAAAAUAGAAGCAAAGACAAGGAAAAUACUCAAAUAGUCUGCAAAAAGUGAUCGGUAGAGAUUAACAACACUGCUACUCGAAUUUAUCAUCUGUGAAAAAUGCAUAAUUUUGUUUUUGCAGCACGUUUCUGUUGAUGCAGGUAUUUUGCCUCUCUGCAGGUCAUACCUGGUAUAUUUCACAGGUUUGAGGAUUUCAGCUUAUUUUUUAAUUGUACAUAUGAACUGUAAUUGGUUUAACGACUUGUUUCAUUCAUUGUUUUCAAUAAAUAAAAUAUUUGUUGAGUUUAUUAAA